GUAUCGAUUCAACCGAUUGGUUAGCUAGUAAAGAUCACUCUCUUUCAAUCCCACUCACCGCCAUUGCUUCUCCACUCCAUUAUUUCAGAGAGAGAAAGUGAGAGACAGAGAGAAAGAGCUAUGACUGGCCUCGGCAAACCAGCACAGUGACAGCACUUGAGCAGGAGAAUGAAAGAUUUGGCGUCUUCCAUUGCUGCACUAGUGCUCUUUGUGCUGAUAACUCCGGGGCUGAUCUUUCAGUUGCCGGGGAAGCGGCGGCCGGUGGAUUUCAUGAACAUGAAGACGAGCUGGGUGUCCAUCCUGGUACAUGCCAUAAUUUUUGGGCUCCUCAUGACUUUGUUUACUGUCCUCUUGCAUCCUCAUCUGUAUGUUUAGCCUUAGCAGGAGGCUCAAGCAACAACAGUGUUUCUGUAAUUCAAUUGUGAGUUUUCAAUUAACGACAGUCAAUGCCCCUGGUUCUUCCUUUCCUCAA